UUGGUUCAUUUACUUUUAGCCCAAGCUGGUGCUGCAUCGGUGCGGUGGGUUGUUCGCAAGUUCCGGGCUCUGUGCUGGGAAGUCUAUAGACGCCGGGUUACCUUGGGGGAGGUAAAAAUACUGAAAUCGUUGGGGUAACAAAAUAUUAAGAUGUCGCAGCUACGUUUUGUCAAGGGAGGCCUGACCUUCCUUGGUGUGAAGCGCAUCUCUGUUCUCAAUGCUGCCUUUCAGAGCACCCAACGUGUGGAUUACAAGCCUAUCAAAAAAGUUUUAGUGGCCAACAGAGGUGAGAUUGCCACACGUGUCUUUAGAGCAUGCACAGAACUUGGGAUAAGGACUGUAGCUGUCUACUCCGAGCAGGACACAGGCCAAAUGCAUAGACAAAAAGCAGAUGAGGCUUAUAUCAUUGGAAAAGGAUUGCCGCCAGUCCAAGCCUACUUAAACAUACCAGAUAUCAUCAAGGUUGCUAAGGAGAAUGAAGUUGAUGCAGUUCAUCCUGGUUAUGGUUUCCUUUCUGAGCGCUCUGAUUUUGCUCAGGCCUGCACAGAUGCAGGUGUAAGAUUCAUUGGACCCUCCCCUGAGGUGGUACGCAAGAUGGGUGACAAGGUAGAGGCCAGAGCCAUUGCAAUUAGCGCAGGAGUACCGGUUGUUCCAGGCACAGACUCUCCAAUCAGCUGCCUGACAGAGGCCAAGGAAUUCUCCAACAAAUAUGGCUUUCCUAUAAUAUUCAAGGCUGCAUAUGGAGGUGGUGGACGUGGUAUGAGAGUAGUGCGGAGCUAUGAGGAGCUGGAGGAAAAUUACACAAGAGCCUACUCUGAAGCCCUUUCUGCCUUUGGAAAUGGAGCAUUGUUUGUGGAAAAAUUCAUUGAAAAACCUCGUCAUAUUGAAGUUCAGAUACUUGGUGAUAAAUUUGGAAAUGUGAUACAUUUGUAUGAAAGAGACUGUUCCAUCCAGAGAAGGCACCAGAAGGUGGUUGAAAUAGCCCCAGCUGCACAGCUGGAUCCUCAGCUCAGAGACAGACUUACGCAUGACUCAGUCAAACUGGCAAAACAGGUGGGAUAUGAGAAUGCCGGCACUGUGGAGUUCUUGGUGGAUAAACAUGGCAAGCAUUAUUUCAUAGAAGUCAACUCCAGGCUUCAAGUUGAACAUACAGUAACAGAAGAAAUUACAGACGUUGACCUUGUCCAUGCCCAGAUCCAUAUUGCAGAGGGAAAAAGCCUUCCUGAGCUUGGCCUAAAGCAAGAGAACAUCCGUAUCAAUGGUUGUGCCAUUCAGUGCAGAGUCACAACAGAAGAUCCUUCCCGUGGGUUUCAGCCUGAUACUGGUCGGAUUGAGGUUUUCCGUAGUGGAGAGGGAAUGGGAAUCCGACUGGACAGCGCUUCAGCUUUUCAAGGAGCUGUCAUUUCCCCACAUUAUGACUCUCUUCUGGUCAAGGUCAUUGCACAUGGGAAAGACCAACAAGUUGCAGCCACAAAAAUGAGCAGAGCCUUGGCAGAGUUCCGCAUUAGGGGUGUUAAGACCAACAUUCCCUUCUUGCAAAAUGUCUUGAACAAUAACCAGUUUCUCCAUGGUACAGUAGACACACAGUUUAUUGAUGAAAAUCCAGACCUCUUCAAUUUGAAGCCUGUGCAAAACAGAGCUCAAAAACUGCUACAUUAUCUAGGUCAUGUUAUGGUAAAUGGGCCAACAACACCAAUACCAGUUAAAGCAAAACCAUCCUCUGUAGACCCUGUUGUACCUCCAAUCCCAAUGAAUGAUCCACCUCCUGGCUUUCGUGAUAUUCUCCUGCGAGAAGGUCCGGAAGGUUUUGCUAAAGCGAUACGACAGCAUAAAGGCUUAUUACUUAUGGAUACAACCUUCAGAGAUGCCCACCAGUCUCUGCUUGCAACCCGUGUACGCACACAUGACCUUAAGAAUAUUGCUCCCUUUGUGUCGCAUAACUUCAACAACCUUUUCAGCUUAGAGAAUUGGGGAGGUGCCACAUUUGAUGUUGCAAUGCGCUUCCUUUAUGAAUGCCCUUGGAGACGCCUACAAGAAUUAAGGGAACUCAUUCCGAACAUCCCCUUCCAAAUGCUACUUAGAGGAGCAAAUGCCGUAGGUUAUACUAACUACCCAGAUAAUGCAGUCUUCAAAUUUUGUGAGGUGGCAAAGGAAAAUGGAAUGGAUAUCUUUAGGGUCUUUGACUCUCUGAACUACCUGCCUAACAUGAUCUUGGGCAUGGAGGCAGCCGGUCGGGCAGGUGGAGUGGUGGAAGCUGCUAUCUCUUACACGGGUGAUGUGGCUGAUCCAACCCGCACUAAAUAUACUCUGGACUACUAUGUGAACCUGGCUGAGGAGCUGGUUAAAGCUGGAACCCACAUAUUGUGUAUCAAGGAUAUGGCUGGACUUCUGAAACCCAAAUCUUCAGACAUGCUGAUCCGUGCACUGCGAGACAGGUUUCCCAAUAUUCCCAUCCAUGUGCACACGCAUGACACUGCUGGAGCUGGCGUGGCCUCCAUGUUGGCAUGUGCACACGCAGGAGCUGACAUUGUAGACGUGGCAGUUGAUUCUAUGUCUGGGAUGACCUCACAGCCGAGCAUGGGGGCACUUGUGGCAUGCGCUAAGGGCACAGACCAGGACACAGGUAUUCAGCUUGAAAAAGUGUUCGAUUACAGUGAAUACUGGGAAGUAGCCCGCGGUCUUUAUUCGGCUUUUGACUGCACUGCAACCAUGAAAUCUGGCAAUGCUGAUGUGUAUGAAAAUGAAAUCCCUGGUGGCCAGUAUACCAACCUUCACUUCCAGGCCCACAGCAUGGGACUAGGCAACAAAUUCAAGGAAGUGAAGAAGGCAUAUGCUGAAGCCAAUAAAAUCCUUGGGGAUGUCAUUAAGGUUACACCUUCCUCUAAGAUUGUCGGAGACCUGGCGCAGUUUAUGGUGCAUAAUGGCCUAAACCGUGAACAAGUGGAAACAAUGGCUGAUGAACUCUCCUUCCCCCUCUCUGUGGUGGAAUAUAUGCAAGGCUAUGUUGGAAUCCCUUAUGGAGGAUUUCCGGAGCCUUUCCGUUCUAAGGUUCUUAAAGAUCUGCCACGCAUUGAGGGCAGGCCUGGGGCAUCACUCCCAUCAAUGGAUUUUACAAAACUGGAGGAGAAACUGAAAAGCAAAUAUGAUGACAUUACCCCAGAAGAUAUUAUGUCCGCUGCAAUGUACCCAAAAGUGUUCGAGGAGUACAAGGAUUUCGGCUCUCAGUUUGGGCCAGUAGAAUGUCUCAACACCCGUCUCUUUUUGGAAGGACCUAAGAUUGCAGAAGAAUUUGAGGUGGAAUUAGAAAGAGGAAAGACCUUGCAUAUCAAAGCUCUUGCCCUGGGAGAUCUUAAUAAAGCUGGUCAGAGGGAAGUCUUCUUUGAACUCAAUGGUCAACUCAGAUCUGUCCUUGUCAAAGACACUCAGGCCAUGAAGGAGAUGCACUUCCACCCCAAAGCCCUGAAAGAUGUGAAAGGUCAGAUAGGUGCCCCAAUGCCAGGCAAGGUCAUUGACAUCAAGGUGAAGGAGGGGACCAAAGUUGAAAAGGGACAGCCGCUCUGCGUGCUCAGCGCCAUGAAGAUGGAGACACUGGUCAACUCUCCGGUUACUGGAACAGUCAAGAAAGUCUACGUAAAAACCGAUAUGCAUCUGGAAGGCGAGGACCUUUUACUGGAAAUUGAAUAAACAUUCGGAUGAACAUAAAUACUGGAAGAAGAUGUGAGAUGCUAUGUGCAGUCCCCCCCCUCCUCUCUCCUUGGACAUGGGAGAGAUCUGUCCCCUCAUCUUGUGCUUGUGGACAUUGUUGGUAUGAGAUGUUUUACAGUGUAUGCUGGUUUAGGGACCGAAAUCUAUUCUGGGAGUUUUGCCCUUUAGAGACUGAUCUUUUUUUCACUUUAUUGAGGAGAAUUUGCUGGAAAGUCUUUUAUCAGCUUGUAUUACAUGACCCAAAAGAUUAAAAAAGAAGAGACUAGAGAGUCAUUUCUGAGCUAUUGCUGCAUUCUGUCAUUUCAUUGCCACAAAGCUGUGUCUCCCCUGAGUUCAGAAAUGACUUCACUGAAUAAUUUUUAUGAUGUUUAGACACACAAUACACUGUUAAUAAAGAGAUAAAUGCAUAGCUGCCCUGCAUAGAAUACUGGCAGAGAAUUACUAACCCGUUGCUAAUCUCAUCUGAUUUUAAAAACACUUCCAUUUAUUUCAAAGCUAAAGAAGUGUAACCAAUAAUCAUACACGUUGCUUUGUUUUGUUCUGUUUCAUUUGCUUAUAUACAAUAUAUUUCAAGCAACAAAUGUACCAAUGAACUUCAGCAAAAAUAAGAUUAGAUUUUCUGUAUCACCCAGUGCAUAUUCUAUAUUGCCUUGUUGCACUUGUGUGCGGUAGGGUUACUAUAGCCUGGAAUGAAUUCAGAUCUUGUGCAUACUAGGGUGGCAAGAUAACUUCAAUUCAAGUGCAUUAAUAAAUGCAUGUUGCACGGCACACUGAUAGGAGUUCCAUUAAAUUGCUACCCUUCUGGAAUUUUCUAGUGGCCUGGCAACCCACUGCAUAGUGGAAAUAAAUGCAGCAGCGGUAGAAUGAUCUCGGGUGUCGAUGGCCACCACCCCAGGAAGCAUUUACAAUAGUUACUUAUGUGUUAAAGAAUUUCUAGUGUUUCGUUCCUUUGAAAUCUGUUUUUCAGCCUGUCCUUCCCAGGCAACAGUGUCUUGUAAUUUUAGAUACAUACUUACUUUAUAUUAGGGGUGCAUGGAAUCCAGCUUUCAAUUUGGGAUCCAGUGUUCUUUUUGGCACUUAUAAGGGGCAUGUGUUUCUCCAGGUCUGUUUCUUUGUGUUCCUGAUGCAGGAUAGCAUGGCGGCAUCAAUGUUUUGUGCCCAAAUUGGUACAUUUUGCACUCAUAUUUUAAAACAAGGCUAUUUAUUGGCCCAUACAAUUUUUAAAGAGACUGAAGAGUAAGAGCUGAUUUAAUAUCUGCUUCUUAUUCUUCAAAUUUGCAAACCCAAAUGCUCCCUCACCUUAUUUGUAUGAUUCUCUGUUUUCACUUAAAGGGGAACUAUUGCAAAAAUAAUUAUAUAUAUAUAUUAUAUAGAUUAUAUUCUAUUAUAAAUAGAAUGAAUGAACAAUUAUGUACCAUUUCUGAAAUAACCAGGUUACCUUUCACUGUCCCCUUCUCAGAAACCUGUUUCUUUAAAUGUUUUCUUUAUGCAGAAGUUGGAGUCAUUUUGAUGACAGGUUGGUCUAAUACAUCUUUUGGGGGGGGGGGGGUUCCCAUUCCUAGCAGAUGUAUCAGAGCUAACUUAAACAACAGACAAACUUAAAUUACAGCAAAACCUAACAAAAUUACUAACUCCGGCACACAUCCUGCAUAUAGAAAGACAGGAUUUUCAUGAGAGCUGGUAAUUUUGAAAGAGUGAGCUCUAAUACUAAAAUUAUACUACAUCUACAAUACUAAUACUGCUACCUAAAGACAGAGUACAUUUCCUCCAAAGGAUGUAUUAGACCAAACUGUCAGUCAUAAUCUGACUCAUAAUCUGAAUGAAGAGAGACAGGAUUUCUAAUUGAGUUUAUUUGGAAAGUUUCCUUUUCAUUUUUGUGAUAGUUCCCCUUUAAGGAGACAGCACCUGAAACUCAGAUAUGUUCAGUAUGUCCUAAAUCUGGCCAUACUUUGCCUGACUUGGCCUUCCGAUUGCAAGGCCAAUGAUUGGAUCAUACUGUUGGUCUAUGGGAACCAACUAGACAAUGACCACAUCAAUGCACUAGUACAGUCCUUGUCCAAUGGAAUUUUUAAACCUGACAAUGGAUAGCUGAUUUCCCGACUCAUAUUAGUCAGGCAGGAGUCCCGAGCACCCCCAUACACAAGCUGAUAAGCUGGAGAUGUGCCAGUUUUUAUCGGCCAACCCGAGUUGUUAUGGCAUAACCAUGUAUGAAUGUGUAAUUACAAGAUGCUGCUGCCCGCUCGGAGGGUGGAGGAGAGUCCUUGCCUGGGAUGAACUGUAAAUAAACGCCUCUGAGUGAAAAAGCAAAUGAAAUGGCCUGGCCUUACUGUAAAUAAAUGAAUUAAAAAUCUCCAUAAAACAUAAAUAAAUGAAACAGAAUAGUGGUACAUUUUUUAUGAAUAUACAAUAAAUGCACAAUCCUAAAUUGCCCAUAUUGCCUAGUACCACCUCCGAGCCAUUAAGCUUCACUGCCAUACUGCUCAUCUGCUGGAAUAGGAUAGUGUCUUUGCCAUGGGAAAUCUAAGUGAGGUUUUGUGUUGUGAUGUUUAUUUUAUGCUCAGUGUUACAUGUCUAGGGAUCUGUGCCCCACAAUUGCCAGCAGGGAGAUAUAUUCAUAGAGCACAAUGAUUUAUAUUCACAGGCCUAAAGAAAAGCCAAACUGCUCUUAUUCUGUAUAACGGAUGUAUGAGUCCCUUAAACUGAGCAGCUAAUGAGUCAUUUGGUGGCAGGAAUGGCGCCAACGUUUCACUGUGCCCAAAUCCCUUGCUUUAGCCGCACGUAAGGAUUAACCAUGUCGUUCGUUUACCCAUGUUGAUAAAACAUUCUUGUAAUUUAGGGCAAUAGCUAUGCAUUCUGGGUAGAUCCUAGCUAUUUCAGCACUGCCAGCUGCCUGUCUGGGCUAUCCCAGGUCCCAGGUGCCUGUGGGCUGUGCCUAUUUUAAGGUUUUCACCGCCUCCCUCACCUCGUUAAGUAUUUAUAGCGGCAGUGAGAAGCAACACUCUGUGCAGUAGAACUCACCCUCCCAUUCUCUCUUUCACCUUCACUGUCCCACAUAGCAACACAUGCAGCCUAGCGCCUUCAUUUCUGCCGUCCCUCUCCACCCACAUUAACCCUUACAUGGUUAAAACAGAAUCUAGAUUUAUGGAUAUAUUUACACUGUUUGGAGGAUUUUUAGUAGAGUUAACCAGUUAAGUGCCAAUCACAAACACACACCUCUUUGCACUCUUGUAUUGUUUUAUUAAAUGUCAGUGGUGAUAUAACAAGGUUACACUGGUAAUGGUUCCAUAGUACAUAUACAGUUCUAUAAUUAUCUUCAUUUUUUUGUCUUUACUAACAUCAUUCUGUUGGACAAAGCACUCUUAUACACUCCCUGUAUCUUACAAUUUAGCAUUUAAUGUUUAUAAUUGUAAUAUUAUCAUAACUUCUCUGACUGAGCAUAUUUAACAGGCAGGUUGCUUGUAUAGCAACUUAAAAAAUAGAAGAAUAGGGCAUUUACCCAGGGACGGGGGCAGUUAAAGCAGCAGAAUAAUAUUUUGCAAUAUGGUUAAAGAAUGGAAACAUCACCAUUAACAACUUGUAUUUGGCAUGCACACUAGUCCAAAGGCAGGCUAUAGUCUCCCAUUCUCUCCCUUCCUCACAUUCUCACAUAUUUCUCUCCUUUAUUCAUUUUCUAGAAUAUUCCAUCUUUUACUUCCGCACACACACAGGCCCCAACUUGCACCCCAGUUGCAGGUUAUUGCUUUCUACCCUUCUAUUAAUGGCUCUUACACUUGGGCAUUUCUAUUUGUGUGUUCCCAGGUGGUGGUGUUUUCUUUGGGCGUUGCACUGUACUGGAACAUAGGAGUUAACUGACCCCAUACUUAUCUGCGCUGAGCGUUUCAGUGCACACACAUGGGUACUGUCCCCUAAAGACGAAUGGGGACUUCUGUGCACAAAAAAAGCCAACACACAGGAACAACUGGGCCUAAGUAUAAAUUACAAUUACAACUGCUUUAACAAACGCUUUGCACAAGUGACAGCUCUAUCAUUUCUAUUCUAGGUAACGUCAGCUUUCUCUUACAGAGAUUUGCUCAGCAGUGACAUAGGAUUUAUCCUGGUAUACAUUUAGACUUCUACAGAGCCUUUUUUAAACACUACAUAUAGUGCAUGUAUACAAUGAAAUAGUACAAUAACUAGAAUAUGCAAAUACCUGUAUUGAAAUGUCGAUGAAAGUAGGCGUCGUGUCCAUAAAUCCAUUUGUGUUUGAUUUCUCUGUGCCUUUUCUCAGAUGCCAAGAGAGCAGAAACAGCUCAAUGUUUUUCCACAAUAUUGUGCAAGGCUUUUCAACUAGAUUGUAAAAUGCCAUUUUAGUAAAAGAAAAUACUCCCAUUUAUCUUUGUGAUCCCCGUGAUCGGAAACAUGUUUACCAAGAUAAUAAAAAGUUGCCGUUGGGCAAGGGCAGGAUAUGGAUCAUAGUUACAUGUGAGCUAUUGGCUUCUUACUGAGCUCCAGUGCUUAUUACUGAUGCUUAAGAAAUGUCUUACUAAUUUUGUUUACAGUGCAAACUAAAUAGCUCUCUUACAUUUGUAUGCCAGUAGUCAUAUUAAUCCCUGAAAUGUCUUAAAUGUGCUGGAUAUAGAUUUUGGAUAUAAUUACUUUAAAAAUGCUAAUUAGAAAUAAAGAAUUUAAUUUCAA